AUAAUUGUCGAUUGAGAAGAAAUGGAUAAUUUUGAUGAUCAAAAAUUACUUCCUAUUCGGAGUGAUGAUUAUAUUAAACUUAAUGUUGGUGGAACAUUGUAUUAUACAACGAUCAGUACGUUGACCAAAGUGGAUUCAAUGUUACGGGCAAUGUUCAGUGGACGUAUGGAUGUGUACAAAGAUGAUGAAGGAUGGAUUCUUAUAGAUCGUUGUGGAAAACAUUUUGGCAAAAUCUUAAAUUUUCUACGCGAUGGUAGUAUUCCAUUACCAGAUAAUCAACCUGAAUUGACCGAAAUUUUGAUUGAAGCCAAAUAUUAUCUUAUACAAGAUCUGAUCGAUAUAUGUGAAACCACAUUGAAAAAACAUAAAGAAUGCAAAAUUAUGGAACCUGUUUGUUCAGUUCCGUUGAUACGAUCAAAAUCCGAAGAGUCCAAACUGUUAGCAUUGACCAAUAAGCCAGCCAUUAAAUUGAUCUUUAAUCGCCAUAACAAUAAAUAUUCCUAUACCAGUGCAUCCGAUGAGAAUCUUCUCAAGAAUUUAGAUUUGUUUGAUAAACUUUCAUUGAAAUUCUGUAAUCGUGUUCUGUUCAUGAAAGAUAUCGUUUGUAGUAAUGAGAUCUGUUGUUGGAGUUUUUAUGGUAAUGGAAAAAAAGAUGCAGAAAUUUGUUGUACUUCAAUCGUUUAUGCUACAGAUAAGAAACAUACAAAAGUGGAAUUUCCUGAAGCUCGUAUCUAUGAAGAAAUGCUGAACAUUCUUUUGUAUGAAAAUAAUAAAAACAGUUCAGAAACGGAUAUUAUGUUGGCCACGACCAGCACUAGUGGGAGAAUUUCGGUUAAUAAUAAAAAUGAUGAUAAAAAAGAGGAAACGUAAACUAUGCAAUUGGUACAAAAAUUGGCUCAUUUAUUUUUGUUAUAUUAAU